AUGUGGUGGCGGCAUUACCCCCGCAACCACGUGGGCGAUGACAAGACGCAGUUCGUUGCCGUCGCCACCGGUGGUUUCAGGCGCAGCAUGUGCAUACCGUGGGAGGUUGCAAACCAUUUGGGGAGCAUGAUCUCCGAGACCAUCAAACUAGAAGCUCCUAAUGGCAUAUUCCUUAUUGGAGUGUGUAGAAAGACGGGUGAGCUAGUUCUUCGGGCUGGCUGGGAUAAGUUUGUCGCAAUGCAUCACAUAAAAGAAAAUUAUUCUUUUUGGUUUGUGUACCGUGGGAACUCUACCUUUAAGGUUCAUAUAUUCAAUUCUAACGGUCAUGAGAAGGCUACUUCCUGUUCUAAACCACCUUCUGAGAGCUUUGGUGGUGUUCCACCUGCUGCAACUUGCGAUCAUCAUGUGCUGAAUGAACAAGUACCGUCUGUUUCUGGAAAUGUUCAGACCUCAACUGACUCUGGCUAUAGCAUGUUACCUGGCUGCCAUCUAACCAAAGCACAAGAUGAGAAAGUACGUGAACUAGCUUGUACCAUGAGAUCUCAAGUUCCCCUUUAUGUGGCAGUCAUGAACAAAAGCAAUGUCAACUUGAAGGAUUGCUCUGUUAACCUACCGUUAAAGCUUGUGGAACAUUUCAAGGAGGACACAUCUAAAGCUACUAUUCAACUAGAAGCCCCUAAUGACAUGAUAUAUGGUGUUGAAGCUUGCAAGCAUGGUGAUGAUCAAAUAGUCCUUCAAUAUGGGUGGAAUAAUCUUGUAGAUGCUAAUCGCAUACAAGAGAAUGACCUCCUUGUUUUUAUAACCAAGGGUACCAAACGCCUUGAAGUUCGUAUUCUUGGCACAAGUGUUCAUCAGAGAACCUCUUCAUGCUUUGACGUGGGAAAUAUUUCUAGUACUCAAGAAAUUCGUGAAGAUUCACUUGAAAUAACUGAUCCACCCCCUCAUACAGACUACUAUGUGAGUAGUUCUGAUGAUGAUCACAUUAUGGAAGAAGGAUACUAUGUGAGUAGUUCUGAUGAUGAUCACAUUGCGGAAGAAGACUAUGUGAGUAGUUCUGAUGCUGAUCACAUUGUGGAAGAAGGCACUAGAAAAUCAGGUAGGCGGCAGAAGCAGGCACCUAGUCGCUAUGCAAAAGCUCAAAAGGUGGCUUCAACAUCCUCCCCGUCUGCUGCUAAAUCAGGUUAUAGUGCUAUAUAUACGAGAUAUGAAGCUCACAAGCUGAAUGAGCGAGCAUCUGUGGAGUUUGGGAUCAAUUUGGAACCUCAUAGCUCCACCAGCAAUCUCGAGGGCCCUUCCCAGUAUCCCUACGUUUUAUCUGAAGGAAGGACAAGUCUAAGUAGUGUGGAGAAGGAGAAAGUUGAGGAGAAAGUUCAAGCAAUUCAAUCUGAACUUCCUAUCUUUGUGGUAGUAAUGACUAAAAGCCGGAUUAAUGCCGAUCAAUUGGGCUUCCGCAUGGAAUACGGUGCAAGACAUAUUCCACACUUAGGCAGAAAAAUGGAUCUCAUGCUUCAGGCAGAGGGAGGUACCGAGCAGCGCACCAGAUUGGUGAUAGAUCAGAACGGAAAGAGGUGGAUUCGUCGUGGCUGGCAGCAAUUUGUCACCGAGAAUAAAGUGCGGGAGGGGGAUAUCUGCCUCUUUGAACGGGGAGAGAGCACGAAAAAGCUCAGGAUGACGGUCUAUUUCAUCCGCAAGUCAAGUCAGACAUAG